AUGAAGCUCUCUCUCCCUUUCUCUCUUGCUCUGAUUGCAUCAAUCAGCCCUGCAAUGGCUCGUGGGCCAGCCUCUGAGGUCACGAUCAAUGAUGAUGCUGGAGAAAACACCUAUGCACCUCCCACCUUCGCUUGCGAGGAUACCGACGAUCCUGAGGCAAAGGUGACUAGUAUUAAAGUCCAAGCCAUGACCGUCAAGUCCCCCAAAUGCACAUUCUACACGGAGCCGGGUUGCGAUGGCGACAAGUGGAUUAUCAAAGUCCCCGAGGAUAGCCAGGAUGGAAUCAAGACACAGAAGUUCAGCAAGCCAUUCUACGUGGCCAGCUUCCGCUGUACACCACCCCCACAGAAUUUUCGGUGA